AUGGACCAUGAGAUUGACAGACGGAUUGUCUCAGUGUCAGCAGUUAAUGCGGGUGUUGUGCCGGACCGUGAGAAGACGGAGCUGAAUCUGAAGGCUCGAUUUACCGCUCGAUCUUCGACUCGUUCUGACCAGGGAAUUAAUCCGAUCACCUCGCGCUGUUUCCUCGUUUAUAUCCUGAAUCACCGGAACACAGCGGGGUGUAGAGUUUCACAUUACAGAACAGAUGGGCUGGAGCUGAGGGGGCAGGAGGACAAAGUGUCAGGCAGCGCUACAUCGGUGGGUGUCUCCUCACCUCCAGGGCUGGAGAUGACGGAUGGAACGUGGGUGAACGGCAGCCUGGCCGGCCCCUCGCAGGGCCACCCUCUGUUCCUGCUCAUGUUCAACGACAGCGAUCUGAACGAGACGCUGUUCAACAUCACCAACUCCACCGUCCCCGACGUCUUCUCCGGGCCCAGCGUCGCGGGGGUCCUCAUCCCACUCAUCUACAUCAUCGUGUGCAUCAUCGGCCUCGGAGGAAACACUUUAGUGAUUCACAUCGUCCUGCACUACUCCAAGAUCGAGUCCGUGACCAACAUCUACAUCCUGAACUUGGCCAUAGCCGACGAGCUCUUCAUGCUCGGCCUGCCCUUCCUGGCCGUGCAGAACACGCUCCAGUCGUGGCCGUUCGGCUCCUUCAUGUGCCGCCUCGUCAUGACCGUCGACUCCAUCAACCAGUUCACCAGCAUCUUCUGCCUCACCGUGAUGAGCAUCGACCGCUACCUCGCCGUGGUCCAUCCCAUCCGCUCGUCAAAGUGGCGACACCCUCAGGUGGCCAAAGUGGUGAACACCACCGUGUGGGCUCUGUCGUUUCUCGUCGUUCUGCCCGUCGUCAUCUUCGCCAACAUCCAGAAGGCCGGCGGCACCUGCAACAUCGCCUGGCCUCAACCCGCCGACAUAUGGCGGGCGGCCUUCAUCAUCUACACGUCCACAGUCGGGUUCUUCUGCCCCCUCCUCAUCAUCUGCCUCUGCUACCUGCUCAUCGUCUUCAAGAUCCGCAGCUCGGGGAAGAAAGUCCACGCCACCUCGACCAAGCGGAGGAAGUCCGAGAGGAAGGUCACGCGCAUGGUGGUGAUUGUGGUUGCCGUGUUUGUGUUUUGCUGGCUGCCCUUCUACGCCCUCAACAUCCUGAACCUGCUGGUUUCCCUGCCGUCUGAGUACCAGGGGCUUUAUUACUUCGUCGUAGUGCUCGGCUACGCUAACAGCUGCGCUAACCCCAUCGUCUACUGCUUCCUGUCGGACAACUUUAAGAGGGGCUUCCGGAAAGCUCUCUGCCGCUCCUCGAGGAAGGUGGAGAACCACGAGCCCAUGGAGCGGCAGCAGCAGCAGCAGCAGCAGCAGCAUCAGCGGGAGGAGGGGCGGACGGCGCUCAUGCCCCGGGAGAGCCUGAGACGGGCCGUGCGGGACGAAGACGACGAUGAGGACGUCUCAGAAAUGACUGAGAUCUACCGCAUCGCUCAAAACGGAAACAGCAGCUUGCAGCGGCAAAGCUCCCAGCAGCAAGAGGCAACGCCGGGAGCGACAGAACCAUCGACCCCGGAGAAGAGGGACACGGCCGGGACCCUGAGGGGGACGGACACAGUUAACGGGUCCUCACUGAGCGUCCCUCUGCUGCUUAACGGGACAAAGAACGGGAGCAUUAAAACUCUACCAGAGGAAAACCAGGACCAGAGCAGCUCACUGGAGAUCAGUUACUUAUAGUUUAAAGCAACUGAACAGUUACACAGCAGGCUGCCUUCAAGAAAACACAACAAUCAGCUGUUUGUAAUGAAGCAUACAUCAGAACACAUGAAGAAACACUUUAAUGAAACUAAAAGAGGCCUUAGGAUCAUUUUUCUUACGAGGACACAAUUGAAGUUUCAGCCUCAUACAGAAUGUAUUAUUGUUUAUUCUUUGUACAUAUGCAUGGAUGAAUGUAAAGUUGUGCCUUUCCUAAGUUUUACUGUCUGUUCCUUGAUGAUCCUCGUACUUGUAGCCUUUUUAUUACACAUUACUGAACAUUCCCAGUGCGCAUUGUUCUGUUGAAGAUGUUCACACCUGGUUAAAAAGUGCAAAUCUGUAUCACCAGCUAUUUUAAAAAUGUUGAUUAAACAACCAUGUUUAGACCAGAUUUCACUAGACAAAAGACUGGUCAAACAUUCACACAUAUUACAUCCCAAACCAGAUAUUGCUGCUUUAACAACCGCAUUACUGAGCAGUGAAUCACAUCAACAAAAACCAUGAACAAAAUCUAGUGGAGUUGACUUUGAUAUAAAAUGAUAAGAUUAAAUAUUAACCACCUUUGGCCAUAGAAUUCUUUCAAAUCAUCUCUCCCGUCAGGUAUCAAUAAAUCAUGUCAGCACUCUGCGGGGGGGUCUUUCUGCCUCGUAGUCAGAGCUGCACAGCCAAAGUACCUGAACACACACACGUCUUGUUUCUUCUUCUGUUUAAAAUGUGUUAAACUGCUCUCUCUCUCAAAAGCCUCUGAACCGUUCUGGACCGUCUUGUAAAUAGCACACAGGCAAUAAAAGAGGACGCAUGUAUGAUUUUUCUUUGAAGAAUAAAACUUGUUUAAAUUACAUCUUUGAGAAAACUGGAUUUCACACUUAAAAAUGAUCUCCAGGAGUUGCCCCUACAAUCAUCAUAUUUUGUCCUCCUUGUUACUGUAAAAGAAAAUGUAUAGUUUUAUUUAACAAAAUUGUAUUUUGUCACAUGUUGAUGUUAUAACCAUAUUUAAGUAGGUCAAAACGUUUGUUGGAAAGAUGUCAUGGAUGGACUGACCUGAUUUAACUUUUUUUUCUUUUUUUAAACCAUAUUUCAACCUAAAUAACAAUUAGUCCCCACUGGGUUUAAACCAUCUACAGAUUAGCUAAAGUUGUACAUCAAAGCCAUUGCUAUAACCUUAAGGUUUUACUGUCCUACUUUCAUUUUUAAUGCUUUAAAAAUAGACUGUAUAAAUAUUGGAUGAAGCCCCCAUGGUGAUCUGUUAGUAAAGUAAACCACACAGCAAGAUAAGCUACAUAAUUUAUCUGAUGUCUCCAAAAGGCUCAACACCUCAAACAGCAGAGUUUAAAUUCAUAGACUGAUUUAGCAGAGUUGACACAUAGCAGACAGCCAGGAUUUCCCACCUGUCACUCAAAUAAGCCACGCCCCUAAUUAUGAAUAACUUGAAUCCUUAAUUUAAUUAAAACAAGUUUUCUCUAUAAAAAAAUAAAUGUCAUCCCCACACAGUCUUCAUGAUAUAAAAAUUACAGAGAACCCUGAUUUGUUUUGGUGUUUAUUUCUGCUGUAAAGUUGGACAUUUUUACAUAGCGCUCUGUGGGGUUUGACUCACUUUUGUAAGGCAGCCCCAAGUGGACACUCAAGGAACUGCAGGGUUGCUUCUUUGGAUAUUUUUGGUUGUUAAACAAAGGGUGAAAAAAUGCAAACUUCCUUCACUUCAAGAAGUCUUACGCACAAAAAAAUAAGUUUCUAAGUGUAGGCUGUAUUAUAGAACAUUUUGGAGUGUCAAUGAUUAAUUUAUUUUUUAUUUCAGAUCAAAUUAGUUUUUUUUCAAUUUCCUUGUUUACAAUUUCUUAAAUGUACGCGCUGCUGCAGAAUCCAUUUUGUGCAGUUGUACACAUGUAAAUAAUUGUGUUUGUAGCUGUAGUAUAAACAUGAUUUCUAAGAAACCAGGUCCAGAUCCAUGAAAUGUCAUAUUUUUGUACAUGUUACUUUAUAUAAAUGGUUAACUUCAGACCAGGACAUAUGCAGGAUUUAUGUUUUUCUUUCUCCAUAGAGCAGAAACAAAUCAUUUUUCUCUACACUAUACCUUUUUUCUUUAUUUAAAGCACCUAUGAGGAUUUUUGAACUGCUGAUGAAACCGACUGAAAUUAAUACUGAUGACACUUUAUGACCAAUAAUGGCUUAAAAGACCAUCAACAUGACGAUUGACUAGUUCAUUAUUAAUGUCUAGAGAAGCUGCUGGGGGGGGGGAGAGAGAGAGAGACAGACAGAGCGAGUUAAGCCCCUUUUUGAUCGAAAACUUCUCUUCAAGGAACCAAAUGUUUCCUGUGGCCAAUUGUCAGCAUUUCCACCAUGGUAAGAAGAAGAAGAAGACUACGCAGCAAAGAUGAUGCCAUGAAAGGCGACUGAUAGGUCAGCAUCGUCAUAUGUGCAACACUAGUUAGCCUGCAUGGAGGAGGUUCACCUUGAGCAGACUCUACACAAUGAUAGCCAAAGAACAGGAACUUCUUCACAGUGAGAAUCCCACCCAAAGUUUAAAAAUCCAUUUAAAAAUUAAAGGGGUUCCUCAAGUUUGACCUACACUGUGAGGGCCUGGCCAAUCAGAGAUGAUCAACGCUGCAGGCCUAGAAGGUCCCUGGACCUUUGGAAAGUACUAUCUCCUAAACAGGGUCUUUUUUUAGGUUUAGACCAAUUACCCCAGAACUAACUUUAGACCCUGGUUCCUGUGGUCCAAAUGUACAUAGUUCCUCUAAAGGUCCCUUCUGUAGUUUUGCGGGGAAAGUUCCUGCAGUCGAAAGGGGUCUUUACAGAGCGAUACCUUUUUUUAAAAUUCUGCACAGCAAAGAGUCUCGACGAGUGAUUAAUUUGAAAAUAAAAAAAGAAAGCAGGAUGAGAUUUUUGUUAAAAACACAUCUUACUAAUGCACAGGACAAGUUCCUAUAGGAGCUUAAAGGUUGCUAAAGGAAUACAGAUGAUUUUAUGUAUGAAUGAGACAUUGUCCAAGUUACACUCUGUUGGUGUGCAUAUUGAGUAGGACUGUGUUAUUAAGAGAAAUCUUUGCAGGAACAAAAAUGUUGUUGUUUUUUUCACAUUCAAUAAGGCAACAACUCUCUCUCAUUCAUCAAAACUCACCUGAGCGCUGUUCAUUCAUGACACUAAACAAACAUGCGGCCAUAAACACCCUGGUUAUGUUUAUCCGUCUGUAAAUACAGCUGAAUGAUGCUUCUGCUUGUUCCCUGUGUUAGCUCUGCUCUCAGCCUGUCUUCAGCCCACACACACACACACACACACACACACACACACACACACACACACACACACACACACACACACACUCUCUCUCUCGCUGCAGAGCUCCUCAGAGCAGCAGAAACCAUCAUUAAAGGCACAUUACGAAGGGAUUUGCGUGGCUCAUAUUCUCUUUGCGAGGCCCCCGAGGCAGCAGUCUGAUGAGAGCUGAGAUUUGUUGUUGUGUGUCCUAGAGUGCUUGUUUGCGCUUCCCUGUUUGUUUACGUGUGUGUGUGUGUGUGUGUGUUUGUCUAUAAAUAAUGUUGGUGUGUGCUAUGUGAUGCAGACUCCCCGCAGUGAUAGCCCACCUGAGAACAGAGGUGAUGGUCAGCUGAUGAGUCAGAGAGAUUCUCUGCCCACAGACUGCAGUUAACUCUGACAGGCUGUUUUCACUUUGUGUGUCAGAACAAAAAAAAAAAGAGAAAAAAAACACGAACUGUGCAGGCGCUAAACGCAAUGAGAGCAACACAUCAAGGUUAUUACAAUAUUUGAUUAUUUAAUUAUCUCAGAAAGCUUUUUCUGUUGCACGUUGACGCAUGCAGAAGAUGAAAAUAGUCGCUUUGAUGUUUGCUGAGUGUUUAAGACUUUGUGUUUUUUUUUUUUCAGGAAUCCUCCCUGAAUUUAGCUGCAGUGAUUAUUUUUCCAGCAGGAACAUUUCCCCACGGUCCGUAAACCCUCAUCACAACAGAUUAACCUAUAAAACCUUACAUCUCUUCAAACUUAAUAGUUUAAGAUUCAUUCAAACCACGAGGGAAAUAUGCAUCAUAAUCCUGCUGGAUGUCAUUUGUGCACCUUAUCUUUUGUUUUUAUGUUUUGUUCUUGUUGGAGCGGUUGCAGAAUCGAAUAUUUUGCGCCCUUACAAAAAUGUUCUUUAUCAUGUUGUUUGGAUUUCAAGAAUGAAGAAA